AUAGAACACUAGUUGUUAUACUUCCUCUUGUUGUCUCGCCCUCUUCAAUUGUCUUGCUCUCUCUAGUUGUCUCACCCUCUCUUGUUGGCUCACUCUCAUCUAUUGUCUCGCUUUCUCUUGUUGCCUUAUUCUUACUAGUUGUCUCGCCCUUACCUGUUGUCUCACUUUCUCUUAAUGAGGAUAUAGAAGAAAUAUUUGUUGAUCUGGAUUAUGAAUUGGUCACUAAAGAACUUUAG